GUGUUUUAUUACUCAGCACUGGCGACGAGUGAAAACAAAUAUCGAUUUUAAUCAGCUAAUCUAUGUUCGUAAAACUAGUUUUUUUGUGUUUAAUCAGUAAAUUUAGUGUUGUGAUUCGAACAAAAGAUUAAAUUUACGGGAUACAACAUGCCGAUCGGCAAAAUCGAACCUUUCGAUUUAACCUCGAAACAAUGGCCGGCUUACAUACGACGGGUCAAGCAAUUUAUUGUCCUAAAUGAGAUUAGAGAUGAACUUCAGGUGCCGAUGUUAAUUACUGUGGUAGGUGAAGCGACAUAUGCGUUGAUGUGUGACCUGUGUGCGCCGGACCACCCAGAGAAUAAGUCUUUCGAUACCCUUACCGAGCUGGUCACAAACCAUCUGGAGCCGCAACGUUCCGAGAUAGCCGAGAGACAUGUUUUUCGACAAAGACGGCAGCGACCAGACGAAAGCUUGACUGAAUAUUUGCAGCACCUGAAGCAUUUAGCCGUCACGUGUAAUUUCGGUACAAGAUUAGAAGAGGACCUCCGAGAUCAAUUUGUCUCGGGUUUAGCGAGUGACGUCAUGCGAUCUCGAAUAUUUGCCGAAAAAAGUUUGGACUACAAAAAGGCAGUGGAGCUAGCUCUGGCAUUAGAGGCGGCCGAGAGGCACGCGGGGGUAAGCGGCGGCGAGAUGUCAGCGAGCGGCGGGCAGGCGGGCGAGGGCCUGCAUGCGGCGCGCAGCCAGCGGACGCGCGCGCUGCGCCCGGGCGGCGGCGACGCAGGCGCGGCGUGCUACGGCGCUGGCGCGAGCGGGAACUCGCACGGCUCGAGUCCGACGCCUCGUAUUGACGAGUUAUUUACCAAUUUAAGCAAUGGCGAGGAAUAUAGUAAAAUUGACCUUCGCCACGCCUACGAGCAGGUCCUUCUAGAAGAAAGUUCUCAAAAGUAUACCGCAAUCACGACACAUAUCGGAACGUUUAUAUACCGCCGGACGCCGUACGGAUUAUCGUGCGUACCUGAAAAAUUCCAAAAGUUAAUGGAAGAGACCUUACGGGGGGUACCAGGUACGGUAGUUUUUCUCGAUGACAUAUGUGUGACGGGUCAGAAUAGACAGGCACAUCUGAACAAUCUGCGAGCUGUAUUGGAGCGAUUACGGCAGGCCGGCCUAACAGUUAAAUUAAACAAAUGUAAAUUUUUACAGAAAAAUGUAAACUAUCUGGGCUUUGUAAUAGAUAAGGAGGGCUUACACCCCGAUUCUGAGAAGCUGAAGGCGAUUCACGAAAUCCCAACGCCCAAAGAUGUGACGCAACUUAAAAGUUUUUUGGGCCUAAUUAAUUAUUACGGUAGAUUUAUCCCAAAUCUAAGUACAAUUUUGUAUCCGCUGCAUGCGCUGUUAAAAAGAAAAAAUCAAUGGAAUUGGGAUUUGCAUUGCGACACCGCCUUUAAAUCGGCCAAAAAGGCUUUGCUAGGUAAGCGUGUAUUGGCCCACUACGAGGAAGGGCGGCCGCUCGUGCUAUCAGUAGACAGCAGUGCUUACGGAAUCGGGGCCGUGCUAGCCCAUCGCUACGAAGACGGACAGGAACGGCCUGUCAGCUGUGCGUCCCGCACACUUAACGAGGCUGAGAAAAAAUACAGUCAAUUAGAUAAAGAAGCUUUAGCAAUAUAUUUUGGUAUAACAAAACAUCAUCAGUUUUUAUUUGGUAGACAUUUCGUAUUAAAAACGGACCAUAAACCGUUAACGUUUAUAUUCGGUAGUAAUAAUGGUAUUCCCCAAACAGCGGCAAGUAGGUUACAGCGAUGGGCCGUGCGACUGGCGGGUUACGAUUUUUCGAUCGAGUUUGUACGAUCGAAAAACAAUGGGCCCGCAGACGCAUUAUCGCGUCUACCGAUUUUGCACGAGCAAUCGCGCACACACCCUGCCCAACAAGUAACUUAUACUAACUUACUUGAGGAAAUGCUACCGGUUAACUUUAAACAGAUUGCUAAUGAAUCUCAGAAAGAUUCCGUAUUAUGUAAAAUAAUAAAAUAUGUAAUGUUCGGUUGGCCGGCGUCUGUCGUUAGUAAUGAAGAGAAGGCAUAUUUUAUUCGUAAAAGCGAAAUUUGCGUGGAUUUGGGAUGCCUGAUGUAUAAGUACAGGGUGAUCAUCCCAUCGGGAUUAAGGAAAACAGUCCUGAGAGAACUACACGAGGGACACCUUGGGAUGAAUAAAAUGAAAAAUAUUUCGCGAAAUUAUGUAUAUUGGCCGAAUAUAGACAAUGACAUCGAAGAGCUAUGCCGCUCGUGCCCUGCUUGCCGGCACGUGCGGGAUGCACCAGCUCACGCCCCCUUGCAUCCCUGGGAGUUUCCUCAGCAUCCGUGGCAACGUUUACACGCGGACUUCGCGGAUUGCGGUGGUAAGCGGUACCUCAUUAUAGUCGAUGCACACUCUAAGUGGAUAGAGGUGGUUGAGAUGUUAAAAACAACCGCUAGUGUGACAAUUAACUCUUUAAGAUCCGUUUUUGCGCGAUUUGGUCUCCCUUGCCAAUUAGUGACAGACAACGGCCCUCCCUUCCUCUCCGAGGAGUUCAAGACGUAUUGCCUUAAGAACUGUAUUAAACACACGACAUCAGCACCCUAUCGACCUCAAGGAAAUGGUGAGGCGGAAAACGCGGUUAAGACGGUGAAGAAAAUAAUAAAGCGAGCUAAAUAUGAAAGGGAGGACAUAUCAGUGGCAUUAAACAGAUUUCUGUUCCAAUAUCGAAAUUGUGAUCAUGCGACCACUAAGGUUUCACCCGCCGUGGCUUUACUAGGUCAUAGACUAAGGAGCAGGUUGGAUGCCUUGCGGCCAGACGUUACUUCAACUGUCCGCGAGGAACAGGAUAAGCAGAGAGCUAGGAGCACAGGGUGUAAUAAGGCAUUCGGCAUAGGCGAAGCGGUACUGGUACGCGAUUAUACCAAAAGAACGGGGAAAUGGUCUGAGGGUUUAAUUUCGGAGCAAACGGGGCCAGUAUCAUAUAAAGUCAAAGUGGGUAACGGAACGGAGUGGCGCAGACAUCAAGACCAGCUUGCUCCGCUUAAGAAUAAUAAUAAUAGGUAUUCCUUGUCUCGUGCUAGCCAACCGGAGGGGGAAAAUAGUACUAGCGGUGCCAAUGUCGAAAGCGACACCGAAACACCCAGUGUUGGUCAGCCAUCUCAGAUAAAGGAAGCAAAAGAGCAUUCCGACCAUGAGGAUGCGCAGGAGGCAUCAGUUUCUGUGGAAUCGGUCCCUUUUCCGCUUCCUGUGGUAAACCCUCCAGUGCCGGGUGCUUCGGCGCGCGCUUUGAGAGCAUACAAACGUUAUAAUAACCUAAGUAAUAAUUAG